GAGAGAGGAGAGAGGCAGGCAGCAAGUGCUUUUGCGUUCAGUGAUAGGUUCGCAUUUUUCCUCCCCCCCACCUCCCUGCCUUUGAAUAUAAUUUUAGAUUUAGAGUGAAAUAAAGAGAAAAGCACUUUGGAAGCCUGGAAAGCUCUGCAGUAGCGACAGCAAAAGAGGGGGGUUGUGAGCUAUCACAUGCAAUUACAUUAAAACAAAAUUUUUGACUGUGCUCGUUGGGAAGGCGCUGGAGAACCGGCCCUCGAUUUUGCCUCCCUUACCUUUUUAAAAUUAUUAUUUAUUUCUCAACUGGUAUUUGAGGGGAGAUUGCUUUUGCACUAGCAAAGCUCUUCAGUGCGGCUGCUGCAUGUAAUUCUAGCUCAGUGCAAUCUAGGUUAAAAGUCGUGCAACUGUAGCUAGCUAGCUAGCUAGCUGGCUGGGGUGGGGGGGAGAAAAACAGGGAGGACGAUCCGGGUGCGUUUUUCGCUCGGCAGCGCUUUGCAAACACUCUCCGGUCCUCCGUCCCUUUCCCCUCCCUGGAGCGAAGGAGCAGAGCCGGCGGCUGGAGGGAGAGAGGACGCCAGAGACGGAGCGGCGGACGCAGCUGCUGCCCGCGACCCCCGGGACAAUGGUGUUGGACAAGGAGGACGGAUUGUUGGUGUCUGCAUAAUUUUCCCCAUAUGAUCCAGCUUCGGUACUUCAGUAACAAAGGUGUGCCGAUGUUAUCUGUACAACCAAAAGGGAAACAGAAAGGCUGUGCUGGCUGCAACCGAAAGAUCAAGGACCGCUACCUUCUGAAGGCCUUGGAUAAAUAUUGGCACGAAGAUUGUCUAAAAUGUGCCUGCUGUGACUGCCGCCUUGGAGAGGUUGGAUCAACUCUUUACACAAAAGCAAAUCUCAUUCUCUGCCGCAGAGAUUACCUGAGGCUCUUUGGUACCACCGGGAAUUGCGCUGCCUGCAGUAAACUGAUCCCUGCCUUUGAGAUGGUGAUGAGGGCCAGAGAUAAUGUUUACCAUUUGGACUGCUUUGCCUGCCAACUCUGCAACCAGAGAUUUUGUGUGGGAGACAAAUUUUUCCUGAAGAACAACAUGAUCUUGUGUCAGAUGGACUAUGAGGAAGGGCAGCUGAACGGAAGUUUUGAGUCCCAAGUUCAAUAACGAUCCCUGCUUUGCUGAAGCACUGUGGGAUGGACGUUCAGCCACACAAGCAGUGAGGGGCGUCUGUCAGCUUGCCUGCAAUAUUUUUUUAAUUCUUGGUCCAGAAAGGACUAUAUACAUUGUAGUACUUUUUUCCCGCCCCCAACACAAAGCAGUUACAAAUUUAGAUGUACAGUUGUGCCUGCUUAGCUGAGCACUGCAUUGCCUGUAUGUUUGUGAGUUUUUUGGGGUCUGGGGGAGGGCUCUGUACAGUCUGAUUUCUGUAUAUAAACUGGAACAUUUAUUUUAUGAAAAAUGUAAUGCAAUUUUAUUACUGGUGUGAAUUAAAAAUUAUGAAUGUUUCCUGGUCA